AUGGUUGAAGAUGAUAUUAGUAUUAUUGUCAAUGUAAAAUCUCAGUUACCUUCUGAUGACUAUGAUGACUAUGAUGCACAACAACAAAUAGGAACAGAACCACUUGUUUUCUAUCGUCGACCACAAUCAACACAAACUGCUAUUGGUAGUAAUGCAAUUUUUUACUGUAGUUCAUCAUCAAGUCCAAUCAUAUGGUUUAAAAAUGAUACACCGAUAGGUGUUAGUUCAAAAUAUAUGAUAACUAGUCAAUAUCUUCAAAUUGUAAAUGUUGAUGAAAAUGAUGAAGCAAUAUAUGCUUGUACAAUACGUAAUGCAGUUGAAAUGAAAACAGCAUCAGCAAAUUUAACUGUACUUUUUGCUCCUCGAUUCACUCCAUUACCGGAUACAUAUCGUGUUGGCUUAAAAAAUUUAUCUAUUGAAUUAUAUUGUCGAGUUCGUGCAAAUCCGAGACCUACAAUUACAUGGCAGAAAUCUCGUAUGUAUUUAAAUAUAUAUAUAUUUAUAUAUGCAAUUCUAGUAUCUAUUAUGAAAUUAGAUAUAACCAUCCGAUCAUCACAUCGUAUGCGGUUACUUAAUGAUAGUCAAAUUUUACGUAUAAAUAAAUUACGAAGUGAUGAUGCAGGCGUUUACACUUGUGUUGCAGAAAAUUCUCUUCGACGUAUAUCAGCAUCAACUGAUGUUCGUGUUGAAGAUCCUGUACCACCAUUGUUUUCUCGACGUAUGUCAAAUUUAACAACAUAUGAUGGUGCAUCAGUUGAACUCGAAUGUACAGCUACUGGAGAUCCACAACCAAAAAUUGAAUGGUUUCGAGAUAGUAUUCCUGUUCAUUAUAGUGUUCAAUAUAUAUUAAAAGAAGAUGGUUCACUUUUACUUCCACGUGUCACUGCUAAUCAAUCCGGUUAUUAUACAUGUCAAGCAUCAAAUUAUGCUGGAAAAGAAAUUCAUUCAUUUUGGGUAACUGUUGUUAAUGAUAAUCAAAUAACUGAUGAACUUAUUGAUCGUCUUGUCCAACAAGCAUCAGCAGAAGUUAAUCGUGCAGUUGCAGAAACCGUACGUCAUUUACAAGAUCGUCGUCGACCACGAACACCAGGAGAUUUAAUGUCAUUAAUGAAAUUUCCUAAACCAUUACAAUUAACCUUAGCUAAAACAGAAGAUAUUUUUGAACGUGCACUUGAUCUUGUUCAUCGUUAUGUUGAUAAUAUUACAUUUGCAAGUGAAUAUUCAAGAAAUGAAAUUCGACCUAAUGAUUUUCGACCUGAUCAUUAUCUUACAGCUCGUCAAUUAGAACGUCUUGCACUUGUAGCUGGUUGUGUAGUGCAUCAAUUAAAUUCUCAUUGUAAUGAAAAAUGUAUGGCAUAUCGUACAGCCGAUGGUACAUGUAAUAAUUUAAAAAAUCCAUUUUGGGGUGCUUCAUUAACAGCUUUAACACGUUGGUUACAUGCACAAUAUGAAAAUGGUUUUAAUACACCACGUGGUUGGAAUGAAAGCAAAUUAUAUAAUGGUUAUGUAUUACCAUCAGCACGUGAAGUAUCAGCAAGAUUAAUAGCAACUAAAACUAUUACACCUGAUCCAGCUUUUUCUCAUAUGCUGAUGCAAUGGGGACAAUUUCAAGAUCAUGAUAUGUCAUUAACAGUACAAGCAACAAGUAAUACACGUUUUUCUGAUAGUCUUCGUUGUUUAUCAUCAUGUUCAUUUGAACCUCCAUGUUACCCUAUACGUGUUCCUGAUGAUGAUCAUUUGCGUGCAGAACGUGGUUCAUGUCUUGAAUUUGUACGAUCAGCUGCUAUAUGUUUAAGUGGUGAAACAUCAUUUCUUCAUUUACCAUAUCGACGUGAACAAAUUAAUUCUUUAACAUCAUUUUUUGAUGCAUCAAAUGUUUAUGGUUCGACUGUACAGGACGCUUGGGAUUUAAGAGAACGUAGUUCAGGAAAAGGUCUUCUUAGAAUUCAUACUACACCUCAAUAUCCAAAAGGAUUACUUCCAUUCAGUACUGAUACACCAGUUGACUGUCAACGUGAUCGACAAGCAUCACAAAUUGGUUGUUUUCUUGCAGGAGAUCAUCGAGUAAAUGAACAAGUUGCUUUAAUUGCAAUGCAUACUCUUUGGGUACGACAACAUAAUCGUUUAGCUAAACAACUCAGUUCAAUGAAUCCAAAUUGGUCGGAUGAACAAGUUUAUCAAGAAACAAGAAAAAUUGUUGAAGCACAAUUACAAAUUAUAACAUAUAAACAUUGGUUACCAUAUAUUGUCGGUGAUGAAGGUAUGAAUAUGCUUGGAUCAUAUAAAGGAUAUAGUCGAAAUGUUAAUCCAACAGUAUCCAAUGUAUUUGCUACUGCUGCAUUUCGUUUUGGUCAUGGUUUAAUUAAUCCAGUAUUUUAUCGUUUAAAUGCAAGUCUUGAACCAAUCUCUGAAGGAAAUCUUCUUCUUCGUGAUGCAUUUUUUUCUCCAUGGCGUGUUAAAGAACAAGGUGGUAUUGAUCCAUUAUUACGUGGAAUGUUUGGUGUAUCAGCUAAAAUAAAAUUACCUCAACAAAUUCUUAAUGUUGAAUUAACUGAACGUUUAUUUCAUGUCACACGUGCUAUAUCACUUGAUUUAGCUGCAGCAAAUAUUCAACGUAGUCGUGAUCAUGGUUUACAAACAUAUACAGCAUGGAGAAAAUUUUGUAAUUUAACACCAAAUGAUAUCAAUGAUUUUGAGGAUUUACGUUAUGAUAUAAGUGAUCAACAAACACGUGAUACAUUACGCGAUGUUUAUAAACAUGUUGAUAAUAUUGAUGUUUGGGUAGGUGGAAUACUUGAAGAUAAUUUACCUGGUGCAAAAGUUGGACCACUUUUUCGUUGUUUAAUUAUUAAACAAUUUAAAGCACUUAGAGAUGGAGAUAGAUAUUGGCAUGAAAAAUCUGGUAUAUUUACACCUCAACAAAUGAAUUCAUUAGAAAAAACUUCAUUAGCUAAAGUGCUUUGUGAAAAUGGAGAUCGUAUUGAACAAGUACCACGCAAUGUAUUUUUAAAUGCAAUGUAUCCACGUGAUUAUGUACCAUGUUCACAUAUAGAAGAUAUUGAUCUUGAACCAUGGCGUGGAUGUUGUAAUCAAAAUAUGGCUGGACCUAAUGCAGUUUGUAAUAUUCCGGCAAUACUUUCAUAUGAUCCCUUUCCUAAUUAUGAACCAUCCAGAUCUGCUACUAAUGCACGACAAAAAAGAGAAAUUAUAGAACAAAAUCAACAAGAAGAAAUAGAAGAUGAAACAAUAACAAAAGAUGAUCAAUUAGAAUUAGAAAAACUUCGUCAACAAGUCGAUGAUGUUUUAAAGAAAUUUGCAACUUUUGAUAAACGUUUAACGACUGGUACACAUUGUUAUGAUCAAAAUACAAGAAAAUUACAUAAAAAUGGCACUAAAUGGCAUGUUCAUAAAUGUCUUGUUUGUCAAUGCAAAGAUGCAACAAGUUUAUGUGAAAUUAUCUGUUAA